AUGUACAAUCCAUCACAUUCCAUUGUUGUCGGAAAUAAACAGCCACCUCCACCGACUUUGAACGGAGGUGUACAUCCACAAUCGAAUACAGGUGCCCCACCCCCUCCACAGCAACACCAAUAUCAACAACAACAACCCCAUGCUACUGGGCCAGGAAUGAUUGUCGCUGCGGCUCAAGCCACUGCCAACCAGCAAGCGGCAGCUCAAGCUCAGGCCCAAGCUCAGGCCCAAGCUCAAGCUCAAGUACAGGCCCAGGCGCAAGCCCAAGCCCAAGCCCAAGCCCAAGCCCAAGCCCAAGCUCAAGCUCAGCAAUCUGCUCAGGGUAACCCCACUGCAAAUGCUCUCAGUGAAACUACUGCAUCCACCUGGUUGGCAAUUGGGUCCUUAGCUGAAAGUUUGGGCGAUUUUGAUCGUGCAUUAUCUGCUUAUGACUCUGCAUUGAGACAUUCUCCAAACAACCCUGAAAUUUUAACUAAACUCGCCAAUGUAUACCGUUCAAAAGAUGUGUUUUUCAAAGCGGCAGAAUUGUAUGAACAAGCACUUAAUUACAACCCCGAAAAUGGUGAAACUUGGGGUUUAUUAGGACAUUGUUAUUUAAUGUUGGAUGAUUUGCAAAGAGCCUAUGCUGCUUAUCAACGUGCAUUGUAUUAUUUGGAAAACCCUAAUGUACCGAAAUUAUGGCAUGGUAUUGGUAUUCUUUAUGAUCGAUAUGGAUCUUUGGAGUAUGCUGAAGAAGCAUUUGUUCGUGUAUUGGAAUUGGAUCCAAAUUUCGAAAAAGCUACUGAAAUUUAUUUCCGUUUGGGUAUUAUUUAUAAACAUCAAGGUAAAUUACAACCAGCAUUGGAAUGUUUUCAAUAUAUUUUGAAUAAUCCUCCACCACCAUUGACUCAACCUGAUGUGUGGUUUCAAAUUGGAUCAGUCUUGGAACAACAAAAGGAUUGGAAUGGUGCCAAGGAAGCUUAUGAAAAAGUACUACAAGUUAAUCCUCAACAUGCAAAAGUUUUACAACAAUUGGGUUGUCUUUAUUCUCAAGCUGAACUGAAUCCACCAACACCAGGGCAAAGCAAUGGGUCUCAUCGACACGAACCAUUCCAACAGGAUUUGAAUAUUGCAUUAAAGUAUUUGACCCAAUCGUUGGAAAUUGAUCCUAGUGAUGCUCAUUCUUGGUAUUACUUGGGAAGAGUUCACAUGAUUAGAGGCGAUUUCAAUGCCGCAUACGAAGCAUUUCAACAAGCUGUUAAUCGUGACUCUAGAAAUCCAACUUUCUGGUGCUCUAUUGGUGUUUUAUACUAUCAAAUUAGUCAAUAUCGUGAUGCAUUAGAUGCUUACACCAGAGCCAUUAGACUAAACCCUUAUAUCAGUGAAGUGUGGUAUGAUUUGGGAACUUUGUAUGAAACUUGUAACAAUCAAAUCAGUGACGCAUUAGAUGCUUAUAGACAAGCAGAGAGGUUAGAUCCAGGAAAUCCUCAUAUAAAGGCAAGACUAGAUCAAUUGAUUAAAUAUCAACAAGAAGGAAAUACUCAUGCACCUCAACCACCACCAUCUAUUCAACAACCAAGAUUGCCUCAAGGAAUGGUUUUGGAAAGUAAUCAACAACCUGGCCAACAGGGACUGCCAGGACAACCAGGUCAGCAAUUGCAAAGUGGCCAAACACCAGGACAACCUUUUGGUCAGCCACAACAGCACCAACAACAACAACAACAGCACCAACAACAACAACAACAACAGCACCAACAACAACAACAACAACAACAACAACAACAACCAGCACCACCACAACACCAGUUCUCCCAACAAGUACCACCCCAACCUAACAAUGAGGGCCCAGCUCCUCCUCAAUUGGCAGCAUCAAAUCAACCAGGGUCUCAAUUGCCAGCACCCCCACCACACCAGCAAUUACCUCAGUACCAACAAGGACAGCCAGGGACUGCGGCAGGUCUUUCCCAGUAUCAAAGUUCGAACCCAAACCAACCGCAGCAACAACAACAACAGGCACCUCAACAACAAAUUCCAAUCCCUCAACAACAAGCUGCCCCUCAAUCUCAGUUCGGGCGGCAAGCUCCUUACCAACCUCAACCACCUAUCCGGGUAAAUCACAGUGAGCCAUCUCAACCGAGCCCGGCGUUGCCUGCUUUGAAUAACACGAAUCCAUCUAGUGUUGUAAACAUUGAUACAAAGCCAGCAUUGGAAUCCAAGCCUACUGGAGCCAAGAGAACUUCAAAUGCUGAAGAGUUAAAACUGGAACUGACAAAUUCUCCUCAGGUUAUGAAAACUGAAGCUUCAGCGCCUUCAGUGCAACAAGAGACCCCUGUUCCAACUCCACGUCCUGAAGAGCCAGCAGCGGUUACAAAGCAAGAAAAACAGGAGGAUGAAGCACCAAAAGGGCCUGCUCAACAAACUCAAGCACUGGAUGUAACGGAAAGUAAGCCUGAACCGCAACCAGUACAAGCUGAAUCUCUUCUGCAAUCUCCAGGCACAGUCGCUGAUGCCUCUCCAGAUAAGAGCAAAGCUGGUUCUCCCCAAAAUAAUGGGAAACACGACUUAGAUGACAAGGACGAUUCAGAAAAGGUUUUGAAAAAGAAAGAUGUUGACGAUCAAAAGGCAUCUACUUCUUCUCCCGAGACUGAACAACAAAGCAAAAACGAAGAAUCACCAACACCUAUACAAGAAGAGGCCAAAAUUUCUCCCAGCUCAGGUAUUGAAACUACUGGAGCUGCAACUCAACAACCAAAUCCAGGAACUCCUUCAUCUGCUGAAGUCCCACCAGUACCUACUAAAGUUUCAUUAGUACCUCGUUUUUCAAGUAAUGUGACCGAAAAAGAAGAGAAGCGAGAGGAGAUCAACCCAAAUGAUCCUGAUGAAGUUGUAUCAGGAGCUAUACCUGCUGGAAAUAAAGACAAGAAAGAUCGUGAUGGCGAUGGUAAACCAGUUGUACAAGAUCACCAUCAUACUGGUGAAACCUCAGCAAGGGAAGAAAAGCAUGAAGAAGAACGUAAGAAAUCCGAAGACAUUGGUGUGGAAAAGAAGGUGGACGAUGAUGAAAAGAAAAAUGAAAAUCUCGUGCCUGCUGCUUCUGUGGCUACAAAAAAGGAAUAUUCUCAAGUGAAAGAAGACAAGCCUGAGGAUGAAGACAAUGGAAAUGCAGCCUCUGAAACCAAGAAGGAGGAAAAUCCUGAACCCCCAAUGAGACAAGUUGAAGAAGAUGAGAAUUAUGACGAUGAGUAG